AAUGCUAAUUUUGUUUUUAAUGGGCAGGCCGGCAUUCCCGAUGGAGUGCUCAAUGUUGUCACUGGCUUCGGCCCCUCCGCUGGUUCGGCAAUUUGUUCUCACAUGGACGUGGACAAGGUAAGUUUUACUGGAUCCACUGAAGUGGGCAAGAAAGUAAUGGAAGCAGCGGCAAAGAGCAAUCUGAAACAUGUCUCACUCGAGUUGGGAGGGAAAUCACCGCUCAUAAUCUUUGAUGAUGCUGACAUAGACAAGGCUGUUAGUCUCGCUCACAAUGCUGUAUUCUUUAACAAGGGAGAAAUUUGUGCGGCUGGAUCUCGUGUUUUUGUUCAAGAAGGAAUUUUUGAUGCAUUUGUGGAGAAGUCUGUGGAGAUGGCUAAAAGUCGGGUAAUUGGAGAUCCUUUCAAUCCUGAAGUUCAGCAAGGUCCUCAGAUUGAUAAGAAACAAUUUGAUAAGGUUCUUAAAUAUAUAGAGUAUGGUAAAAAUGAGGGUGCCACCUUAUUGACUGGAGGAAAACCAUAUGGGGAUAAGGGCUAUUUUAUUGAGCCAACCAUUUUUACUGAUGUCAAUGAGCACAUGAAAAUAGCAAAAGAUGAGAUAUUUGGCCCGGUGCUGUGCCUUAUGAAAUUCCAGACAAUAGAAGAAGCAAUAGAAAAAGCUAAUGCGACUCGCUAUGGACUGGCAGCUGGCAUUAUCACCAAUGAUCUGAACAUAGCAAAUAGGAUUUCCAGAUCAGUUCGAGCAGGAACAAUUUGGAUCAAUUGCUUCUUCAUAUUUGAUCCAAGCUGUCCAUUUGGUGGAUUCAAGAUGAGUGGAUUUGGGAAGGAUCAGGGCCUGGAUGCAAUGGAAAAGUACUUAAAUGUUAAGUCUGUUAUUACCCCUAUUUACUCUUCUCCUUGGCUGUAAUCUUGAAUUAAUUAAAUGUCCUCUUAUCUUAAUUAAUUUCCUCUCUCCCUCUCUCUCUCUCUCUAAAAGAGGAAAAAAUAAAAGUUUUUGUCAUAUGUCAGAAAGAGCAUUUGGAUGAAAUGAUACUGUUUGGAUUUGCUUGAUAAAUAGCAUGUGUUAACAAAGCUUCACCUCCCCUUAA